AUGGCGCUGCAACUCUCCCGGGAGCAAGGCAUCACCUUGCGCGGGAGCGCCGAGAUCGUGGCCGAGUUCUUCUCGUUUGGCAUCAACAGUAUUUUAUAUCAGCGUGGCAUAUAUCCAUCGGAAACCUUUACUCGGGUGCAGAAAUAUGGACUCACCUUGCUUGUAACUACUGAUCCUGAGCUCAUAAAAUACCUAAAUAAUGUGGUGGAUCAACUAAAAGAAUGGUUAUACAAGUGUUCAGUUCAGAAACUGGUGGUAGUCAUCUCAAAUAUUGAAAGUGGAGAGGUCCUUGAAAGAUGGCAGUUUGAUAUUGAGUGUGACAAAACUGCAAAAGAUGACAGUGCACCCAGAGAAAAGUCUCAGAAGGCCAUCCAAGAUGAAAUCCGUUCAGUGAUCAGACAGAUCACAGCUACAGUGACAUUUCUGCCACUGUUGGAAGUUUCUUGUUCAUUUGAUCUCCUCAUUUAUACAGACAAAGAUCUGGUUGUACCUGAAAAAUGGGAAGAGUCAGGACCACAGUUCAUUACCAAUUCUGAGGAAGUUCGUCUUCGUUCAUUUACUACUACAAUUCACAAAGUAAAUAGCAUGGUAGCCUACAAAAUUCCUGUCAAUGACUGA